UCAACAGUACAAACCUGCCAAUCAAUAAGAACAUUUCCUAAAUAUUCCUGCAAUUUUUUUCUUUCUUAAUUUCCUGGGAAACCGCUAGAGAAAGAAAACAAUCAGGGAUUUUCUUAGCAGACGUGAAGAAAAAUUAGGGGAAAAUAAUCUCCCUUUAGAUAUCUUCGGUUGCUUCAAUUUCUCUUUCUCCGUGUGAAUAGAGUUUGUUUUUCAAAAGGUCGAAGAUUGUCCUGAUGAUUCGUUUCCUGUAUGAUGUGAUUAUGUAUGCUUGAUUAAUGGAUCCUUGAACAUUAAAGGAACGUCAUUUCAGCGGUCAAAAAUCUCAAGCCUACUAGAUUAUUUUCUUGGUGGGGUUUUGAGAUUAAAAAGGAGAUUUGAGGAUUUUAUCACAACAACAUUUGUUUAAUGGAACAGUUCAGACAAAUCGGCGAAGUUCUUGGAAGCCUAAAUGCUCUCAUGGUAUUACAAGACGAUAUCUUGAUCAACCAAAGACAAUGCUGUUUGCUGUUAGAAAUCUUCAGCUUAGCUUUCACCACAGUCGCCGAAGAGAUCAGACAGAAUCUAAAACUCGAAGAGAAGCACACCAAAUGGAAAGCCCUCGAACAGCCCUUGAGAGAGCUUUACAGAGUGUUUAAAGAAGGAGAGUUAUACGUCAAGCAUUGCAUGGACAACAGUGAUUGGUGGGGCAAAGUAAUCAACCUUCAUCAGAACAAAGAUUGCGUCGAGUUUCACAUACACAACUUGUUCUGCUGUUUCCCGGUGGUCGUCGAAGCGAUCGAGGCUGCGGGAGAGAUCUCCGGCCUCGACCCUUCUGAGAUGGAGAGAAGGAGAGUUGUGAUCUCGAGAAAGUACGAUAGAGAGUGGAAUGAUCCUAAGCUGUUUCAAUGGAGGUUUGGGAAACAGUAUCUUGUUCCAAAGGAUGUCUGCAGCCGGUUCGAGAAUUCGUGGAGAGAAGACAGAUGGAAACUAGUGGAGGCAUUGCAAGAGAAGAGGAAAUCAAACAGCGACGAGAUCGGAAAGACGGAGAAGCGCUUAGCUGAUCUGCUUUUGAAGAAGCUAACCGGUUUGGAGCAGUUUAAAGGUAAACUGUUUCCGAGUUCGAUACUUGUUGGUUCAAAGGAUUACCAGGUGAAAAGGAGGUUAGAUGGAGACGGACAUUACAAGGAGAUUCAAUGGUUUGGUGAUAGUUUUGUUGUGAGACACUUCUUCAGCGAUCUUGAGCCGUUGAGUUCUGAGAUUUCAUCUCUUUUAGCACUUUGUCAUUCGAAUAUACAUCAGUACCUAUGUGGAUUCUAUGAAGAAGAGAGGAAAGAAUGUUUUUUGGUUAUGGAGUUGAUGCACAAAGAUUUGCAAAGCUACAUGAAGGAGAAUUGCGGCCCAAGGAGAAGAUACCUCUUCUCCGUUUCCGUGGUGGUUGAUAUCAUGAUGCAGAUAGCGAGAGGAAUGGAGUAUCUCCAUGGGAAUGAUAUCUUCCAUGGAGAUUUAAACCCGACGAACAUUCUAUUGAAAGAGAGAUGUCACACCGAAGGCUAUUUCCAUGCGAAAAUCUCCGGUUUCGGUUUAUCUUCGGUCAAAUCUCAGUCUUCUUCUUCCUCGAGAGCAAGCACUCAUGAUCCUGUGAUAUGGUAUGCACCCGAAGUUCUAGCGGAGAUGGAACAAGGCACAAAAACUCCGAAAUCGAAGCUGACGCAUAAAGCUGAUGUGUAUAGCUUUGCCAUGGUGUGUUUUGAGCUGAUAACAGGUAAAGUUCCAUUUGAAGAUAGUCAUCUUCAAGGCGAGCAAAUGGCUGUCAACAUUAGAAUGGGAGAGAGACCUCUCUUCCCUUUCCCUUCACCCAAGUACCUCGUUAGUCUGAUCAAACGGUGCUGGCACUCAGAGCCGAGCCAGCGUCCAAACUUCUCUUCCAUCUGCCGGAUACUACGCUACAUCAAGAAGUUCCUAGUUGUGAAUCCGGACCACGGUCACCCUCAGAUUCAAAUUCCACUAGUUGACUGUUGGGAUAUAGAAGCGAGGUACUUGAGAAAGUUUCCAGGUGACUUAGGGUCUCACGUGGCGUCGGUGAAUCAGAUCCCUUUCCAGCUGUACUCAUACCGAGUUUUGGAAAGAGAGAAGAUGAAUCCAACAAACUCAAAAGAAAGCAGUAGUACAGAGGCAAGCGAAUCAGAAGUUGAGGAUCCACCUAAUGCCGUGACAAUAAGAGAUACAAAGUCUUUGUGUUUAGAUACAAUAUCUGAAUACUCAGAUACAAGAUCAGUCUACACAGAAGCUCCCAUCAAAAAGGUCUCAGCUUCAAAGAACAGUGAAGAAUUGGUUAAGCUAAGAAAAAGUCCAAGCUUAGGGUCGUCAACAAAGUUGAGAUCAACAGGAACUUCGCCGGUAAAAGCAAGAUCAUCGCCAAAAGCGUUACCCUUGAGUUCAUUUGGAAGAAGCAUAAAAGCGAGGAAGGAUAGUCGAUUGCCUUUGAGUCCAAUGAGUACACUAAGCCCAAGGAGACGUAGACAGCAAACUGGUCAUGCUUCUGACUCGGAGCUUACUUAGCUUUUUCAUCUAAACCAGAUCAUUAAGAAGUUUAAUGAAAGACAAUUUUCUAGUCAGCAUUUCAUAGAU